AUGGAUAAUGGGGACGCUGUCGACGCAGGUGACUUCCCUCCACCGCCACCCCCUCUGUCAGAAGACCCGGGGAACCCCCCGCCACUUCCUGGUGCCUUCCCUCCUCCGCCUCCUCCGGAUCAAGCAUUUUUCAACGUUGAGGUAAAUCCAGGGGCCAAGACUCUUGAAGAGAGGCGCUCCAGUCUGGAUGCAGAAAUUGACUCCUUGACCAGCAUCCUGGCUGACCUGGAGAACAGUUCACCUUACAAACCACGGACUCCACAGGUGAGAGCGAGAAGCUGCGUCUUGGUGGCUCGUGUUACGGUCUCCGAUCCGUGUGUUUACUGCACAGCCGAGCAGGCGUCUGAACCCCAGCCCUGCAGUGGUUGUCAAGUUUUGCAUUAA